UUUGACCUCCUUUAUCCUCUGUCUGUCACUGGAGUCCACCACAAAGACGAUCCCAUGGGCCUCCCCGUAGAGCUCCCUCCAGAUUCCUCUAGACUCCGCUGAUCCUCCAACAUCCAGCAGGUUGACCAGAGCAAACAGCUACCGCAGUCUGAAGUCACUCACCCACGCCACUGCUGCAUCAAACUCAUGCAUUAGUAAUGACCAGCAUUCAUAUUCAUAUGACCUGCCAAAAUGAUGCCACAAGCUUGAUCUGGAGGGGAGGGAAGGAGAGGUUCCCAUAACAAGGCCAAGUCUGCCCUGCUGGUGGAAACUAAAAAUGGAAGUGCAGAGAAUCUGAUCCCUCUAUGCUUGCCCUCUACACUGCUCCCAUUAGGACAGAUACUGUCGCCGCCCAUCAUUUCCGGUUUCGCCCUGGUGUUUAUGCGCCUGGCUUGACGCAGCAGCCACACUGACAGCAUCAGAAAGACUGUCAACACGACCGACAAGCAACCACACAAGUAUGCCGACAGGGAGAUUCCCGGACCUCCCACCGCCGGCAGUCAGACUCGGAGCUGCAGGUGUGUUUCUGACGAGGAAUAACAGGUUUGUUCAAACUUAAACUACAGAUAGAACCUGAGUUUGGACGAGGAUUGUUGACCGGCUUUGUGUUUUGACGGGAGACCAUGACGGAGCUGAACUUGCCCUGUCCUCGCGCACACUGACGGUGCAGAAACGGCGCUGAUAGCACUGCGGACAGUGAGGUGGUUUCCUCUGGAUAAACAGGGUGGUAACGCCACGUACGACGACACACCAGACUGCGAAACGAAAGCCCCAGGAGCCACUUUGUGCCUGCUGGUUAUGAAGUGGCGCACAAUGUGAAGUCAGCGAUGAUUGACUUCGUGGAAAGUUGGCAGAGAAGACGCAUGAAAGGGAACGUUUACAAAAAAAAUGCUUUUGGAGCACCGUAAGACGGGACGACCUCAGUUCAGCGUUUAGUAACGUGCCUAAUACAAAUCAAACUUGAUCAAACAAUGUGCGAAGUGGCCAUGGAGGAGCAGGAGAGGGAGAUCUCGAACAUAGACCCGCAGGAGUGCCCCACAGUGGCGGAGAAUGGAGUCAUGCUGGUGGUGAAUCACGGCCGGGUCCGUGCCCCUCUCAGCGUAGUGCUGGCCACCGUGCUGUACCUCGCAGAGUUCAUCAGCGCCGCCGUGCUGAGCAGCAUGUACCACAAGACCGACGAUGUCAUCUGGAUGGGCUUCACCAUCACCUUCAUGCUGGUGCCUGCCGUGCUCAUCCAGCUGACGCUCACAUUCAUUCACAGGGACCUGGGCAGGGACCGGCCUCUCGUGCUCUUCCUGCACCUGCUGCUGCUCGGCCCAGUCAUCAGGUGUAUCGAGGCUCUGGUGGUCUAUUUCAGGGCCGGUAAAAGAGAGGAGCCGUAUGUCACCAUAUCCAGGAAGAUUCACCUGAAGAAGGGACAGGGGUUGCCCAUGGAGCUGGAAAUUGGCCAGUCAGAGCGUACCUUAGCCAUGCACAGGAACGCCUUCAAGCGCACGGCGGUCAUCCAGGCUUUUCUGGGCUCCACGCCUCAACUGACGCUGCAGCUGUACGCCACCAUCCAGGAGAAAUACUUCCUCCCUGCAAGAUUGGCCCUCAUGAUCAUCACCCUGAUCUCUAUCGUAUACGGGGCUCUUGUGUGCAGCGUUCUCGCCAUCCAGAUCCGUUACGACGACUACAAGGUUCGCCUGCGCCCUGCAGCCUACCUGUGCAUGAUCGUUUGGAGGGGGCUAGAGAUCGCCACACGUAUCACAGCCCUGGUACUCUUCACCACGGCGCUCACACACUGGGUGAUCCUCGUCAGCCUGGCAAACCUGCUCUUCUUCUUCUUCCUCCCCUGGGCCGAGUUCUGGGCGAGAAAAGGCUCGCUGACAGAGGAUGUGGAGAAAAACUUCUCUAAGCUUGGCACCGUGGUGGUCCUGUGCUUGUUUACACUACUCUACGCCUGCAUCAACAUCUUCUGCUGGUCGGCAGUGCAGCUUGACCUCACACACAAGGAGCUCAUCGAGAGAAAGCAGCGCUGGGACCGAUUGGCUCUCUACUACUCUGGACGCUUUGUGGAGAACUUCAUCCUUAUCACGCUCUGGUACUUCUACAAAUCAGACUUCUUCGAGUACGUGUGCGCACCGCUGCUGGGGGUGCAGCUGCUGAUUGGCUACAGCCUGGCUGUGCUCUUCAUGCUGCUCUUCUAUCAGUUCUGCCAUCCCUGCAGACGCCUCUUUAAGUACAACGUCCAUGACUGCCUGCACUGCGUCUGCUGCCAUAAAGGGAGGGAGGGAGGGAGCCGGAGACAGAGGAAGCAGCAGCCUACAUACUCUACUGCCGGUACCUUGGUUCUUGGGCCAGAGGAGCCACUGGAGCUGCUGGAUCCUCAAAACACAGAACCUCCAGACAUCACAAGUCAGCUGGGAGAGCGUGAGACGGCUAUUAUUGAAGACAUAAUGGAUGCAGCCUGAAGAGUGGAAUGUAAUUGACAAAUGCUUUACUGUGGAAAUGCAACCAGACUUGUGUUGCAAGGUGCAGCGACACCUAAAGUGACUCAAAAACAGAUGAUUAUGUGUUUCUGAGUUGACAAGGUGAUUAAAAUUGUAAUUAUAGCUCACUUUUACUCCAAAGUGCACCAACACUGAGAUGCAUUGUGUUCUCACUGAUGUCUUCAUGACGCAUGAUAACCCACUGUUCUUGCACCACGUGGCCCCUCAAGAAUGUAGCAUGCACAGAUAUGCAGGGAUGCACAAAGACCGACUUCAGAGAACAGCAGUGGGUCAUGCACAGGAGGGCUGAGCCAGGUGUGCAGAGAAAUGUGCCAAGUGAGUCCUGGGAGCCCUAAAAGACUGAGCAGGACUCCUACCAGUAUUCCUUCUCUCAGGGUUAUCCCUCCUCCUCCCUAACCUCUUUGCACACGCUUGCAUCAGCACUAAAACAACUCUUUAAAACAGAGCAGGAGGGUGAGAAAAGGUCAGAAGAAGAAUUUAUCUUCCUCAUACCCCGACUGCUGUGAUGAAUGCCUCGUGUUGUUCGCUGUCCAGCCUGGCUGCCUUGAUUUAAAAAAAAAAAAAAAGGUCCUGGAUGAGACUAUCAGGUGUUUGUCUUACAUAAAUUAACCUUAAAGGUGAUGAAGCAUUUACAAAACUGCCAUGAAUUAACUUGUCAAAGUGCUUUCACAUUUUUUAUGAUUUGUUUUAUUUGUUCGGUGCCUUGACUACUGCUGUUUACUUGAAAAUUAAAUAAAAGAAUUUAAUGUC